AUGAAGGCCGACCCGGGCACAGUGAACAAUGGGAACUUGGGGGAGGUCAAAGUGGACCACGAGAACCAGGGCGCCUAUACCUUAUUUUCUGCAAAUGACGAUGCCAUCUGCGUCGCCUGGGUUACGACGACCUGGAGCGACGACCGUGGGGGCAACAAGUAUGCGGUCUCUGGCGACUACGGCGAAGCGUGUGGCGGGACUUGGUUUGAGAGCCAUAUGUACACCGACAGCAACAAAGAGCAUCAGCCGAAGUGCUUCUGGAUCGACAAGAACGGCGACCAGGCAAAGACAGUAUUCCAAGUGCGCUGGCCGGCCUUCAGCGAGUCCGAGUAUGAUUCCAACUCCGACAAGGACCCGAAGCGCCUGUGCAAUAACAUUGACUUCGGAUUCCGCGAUGAGAAAGACCCUAAUUCUAUCAACUAUUGGACUAGUUCUAAGAAACGCAGCAGCCCCCUGCGCGUCCGACAGCCCAUCGCGCGUCCCGAAUGCGUCAAGUCGGAGCUGGUCGUCAGCGAAUUUGAUAAUCAUUCGGCGAAGAGGCUGUGCGAAUCACAUACCUCCAUGGGCCCGGACUUUGCUCAUAUACGCGAGGGCCUCUUUUGUGACACGGAACAUAAAAUACUCUACCCCUUCUGCAACGAGAAAAUAACCAACAACUGCUUCGAUCUCGAAACUCGCUCAAUUCACCAUGAACACACUGGGCCAAUCGGCCAUGGAAACCUCACGGCGCUUGUCAACACACAGAGCCUUGUUAAGGGCCCCAAUGCAUCGAAGCCCAUGAAGGGGCCUAGCGCCUUCGCUGCUAAUAAGGCCACGGAAGAUCGCUAUGAGCGGGUGCGGGACUGGCGCAUCCAGGGAAAAUAA